AGAAAGAAAUUAAAAAAAAUCGAGUUCCGUGUUUUUACUUUUUAUAAUUAACUUAAUUAUUAAAAUUCGUUAUAAAUGUGUCCACUGAUAAUCAUUGGUCAAGAAGUUUGUAUAUCGUGUUUUUAAAAUAGACGACGAGAAAUUAAUUUUUAAUUUUUAGUUUAUAGCUAAUACAUCAUUCCAAAGUUAUCAUUAUGAUAGAAAUUAAUUUUUUUAGUUGAACAAAAUGAUAUUUUGUAUAAUAAAUUUAACAAGGAAUAUAGAUUUCUAAGGAAAUGGGAAUUCCUGAGAACAGAAAAAUACAAAUGUCUUUUCAAUAGAGGCGCUAAAUCUAUAUAAAAUUGUAAAUAUAUGGAAAAAACAACUCUAGCAAAGAAAGAAAAUCAACUCUGGUUUUUGACACAAGAAGUCGGAGUUGCUUUUUCCGCUGUUAUUCUUAAAAACAGCUGCUACGUUCUUACAUAGAAACUAACUACACAUAAACAGUUAACGGAACGUUACAGAACGGAAACGUUACGGAACGUAGAGACUAACUGAGCCUUAAACGUAGUUGAAAACUUAGCCGGCUUACAGUCGAUUUUAAGCCGCCGCCGACAUAUUUAGUGUCAGUCGCCGCCGCCGUUAAUAUUUGUCGGCGCAGGGCAUAAGAAAAAAAAGUCCAAGAAAGAAAUUAAAAAAAAUCGAGUUCCGUGUUUUUACUUUUUAUAAUUAACUUAAUUAUUAAAAUUCGUUAUAAAUGUGUCCACUGAUAAUCAUUGGUCAAGAAUUUAUAGCUAAUACAUCAUUCCAAAGUUAUCAUUAUGAUAGAAAUUAAUUUUUUUAGUUGAACAAAAUGAUAUUUUGUAUAAUAAAUUUAACAAGGAAUAUAGAUUUCUAAGGAAAUGGGAAUUCCUGAGAACAGAAAAAUACAAAUGUCUUUUCAAUAGAGGCGCUAAAUCUAUAUAAAAUUGUAAAUAUAUGGAAAAAACAACUCUAGCAAAGAAAGAAAAUCAACUCUGGUUUUUGACACAAGAAGUCGGAGUUGCUUUUUCCGCUGUUAUUCUUAAAAACAGCUGCUACGUUCUUACAUAGAAACUAACUACACAUAAACAGUUAACGGAACGUUACAGAACGGAAACGUUACGGAACGUAGAGACUAACUGAGCCUUAAACGUAGUUGAAAACUUAGCCGGCUUACAGUCGAUUUUAAGCCGCCGCCGACAUAUUUAGUGUCAGUCGCCGCCGCCGUUAAUAUUUGUCGGCGCAGGACAUAAGAAAAAAAAGUCCAAGAAAGAAAUUAAAAAAAAUCGAGUUCCGUGUUUUUACUUUUUAUAAUUAACUUAAUUAUUAAAAUUCGUUAUAAAUGUGUCCACUGAUAAUCAUUGGUCAAGAAGUUUGUAUAUCGUGUUUUUAAAAUAGACGACGAGAAAUUAAUUUUUAAUUUUUAGUUUAUAGCUAAUACAUCAUUCCAAAGUUAUCAUUAUGAUAGAAAUUAAUUUUUUUAGUUGAACAAAAUGAUAUUUUGUAUAAUAAAUUUAACAAGGAAUAUAGAUUUCUAAGGAAAUGGGAAUUCCUGAGAACAGAAAAAUACAAAUGUCUUUUCAAUAGAGGCGCUAAAUCUAUAUAAAAUUGUAAAUAUAUGGAAAAAACAACUCUAGCAAAGAAAGAAAAUCAACUCUGGUUUUUGACACAAGAAGUCGGAGUUGCUUUUUCCGCUGUUAUUCUUAAAAACAGCUGCUACGUUCUUACAUAGAAACUAACUACACAUAAACAGUUAACGGAACGUUACAGAACGGAAACGUUACGGAACGUAGAGACUAACUGAGCCUUAAACGUAGUUGAAAACUUAGCCGGCUUACAGUCGAUUUUAAGCCGCCGCCGACAUAUUUAGUGUCAGUCGCCGCCGCCGUUAAUAUUUGUCGGCGCAGGGCUCUGCAUGACAGAUAACUUAAUGACAAAAUUUCUUCAUCUUGUUUGCUUUCGUGGUGGUAUUAAAAAAAAAUAUAUAUAAUAAAAACUUAAGCAAUUAACAAAUUAUUAAGAAUUUUUAAGAAAACUAAAAACAAAAAAUAUAACAAUUCUAUCAAAAAAGUAAGAUUAUAAACGUGCACAAAAUGGCAAAUUUCGGUUCACCAAAUGAUUUUUACACGUCAGGCCCGACAGAUAAUGCCUACAACUUUGAUAUGCCAGAAUUUGAUCAGGAAUUAAAUUUCCAAAAUUUCGAUAAUACUCAGACCUCAGUGCCACCAAAUUAUGACCUAAACUAUGCCAAUCCUAAUGCCGGUGGUGGUGGUGGUAAUGCCAUGGGUUCAUUCUAUGAUCCCAAUGCAUAUGCACCAAAUCCCUACGAACAGGAUAAACAAUUUAAAGCAACGGGCAGUGGCAAUGAAUUCGAUGAUGAGCCUCCCUUAUUAGAAGAGUUGGGUAUUAAUCCAAGUCAUAUAUUCCAAAAGACCUUGGCUGUACUCAAUCCCAUGCGUGGGGCCGAUCAAUCUAUAUUACAGGACACAGAUAUGGCUGGACCGUUAGUGUUUUGUUUGGCUUUAGGUGGUUUCUUGCUUUUGAGUGGCAAGGUAACAUUCUCUUAUAUUUAUGGCAUUGGUGUAAUGGGUUGCAUAGCCUUCUACAGUCUACUUACUUUAAUGGCUUCGCAAGCUAAUGUAACAUUUGGAGCCGUAGUUUCUGUUUUGGGCUACUGUCUAUUGCCAAUGGUAGUCUUAUCGGGCAUUAAUGUUUUAAUAACUAUACAAGGAACUCUGGGACUUAUUGUUGCUGGCCUUUGUAUAUUUUGGUGUUCAUUAUCGGCUUCUAAGCUGUUUGUUACAGCCUAUUCAAUGGAUCACCAACAAGUACUCAUUGCAUAUCCCUGUGCCCUUUUAUAUGGAGUUUUUGCUUUAAUUACAAUAUUUUAAAUUUUAGUUAUUUGCUUUAAAAAACGUACUCUUAUAUUUUACCUUAUAAUCUACACAAUUAAAAAUUAUGUAUAUUGUUAUAA